ACUUUUGAUUACGUUUUAGGUAUCCGCCAUUUUGAUUUCCAAAUUGGACAGAUUUUUUUUGUUUGCCUUGUCUGCUUCAAGUAUAAUUUGGACCGUGUCAACACGACCGCCUCGGCAGGCUUCAACCACCGUGUGUAACGGCAGUGUAAAUGACAUUGCAGCCGGGGAAAAGGGGGUAGUGUCUUCGAGCUUAGCAACGCAGUCAUGAACAGCCAUCUAUGGGCCUCUGGGUGACCUGACAACCAAAGUCGCCGAGUUGCCGUUAAGCUUGCAGAUGACGACGGAUGAAAUGACGAGCACAAGGUUGAAGCCAGUCUCUCCUGGGUGUGUUCGUGUGGUGUUGGCAUGAGUGAAGUGCGUGUGUUUGUGUCUUCAUUGUGUGAAUUUGCUGAUGCUGAUUGAUGUCCACGCCGUGCAGUGUCAAUAAGGCAAAUGGAUGUCUAGCAAGAUCUGAAUAAGGAUACUAGUCCUUGUCCAAACCUAAGUGUAUGUGCCAGUGACGUCAGCCAUGUUUUGGAAGUUCGACUUACACACAUCUUCUCACCUGGAGGCUUUACUGGACAAGGAGGAUGUCACUCUCAUUGAGCUCAUGAACGAGGAAGAUGUGCUGCAAGAGUGCAAGGCCCAGAACAGGAGACUUCUCCAGUUCUUGUGCCAGGACCAGUGCAUGCUGGAGCUGGUCCGUAUGAUUACUACAGAGCCCCCUGUUGGUGUAGAGGAGAUCAAGCGCUUCAAGUAUCCAAAUAUAGCAUGUGAGCUGCUGACAUGUGAUGUUGGAAUGAUCAAUGAUAAGCUGGGUAAUGAGGAGCCUCUGCUGGAAACUCUGUAUUCCUUGCUGGAGCAGCCAUCCCCACUUAACCCCCUCCUGGCAUCUUUUUUUAGCAAGACAAUAGGGAACCUCAUCACACGGAAGACUGAGCAGGUGCUUAGUUUCCUGCGACGGAAAGAGGAAUUCCUUUCCUUGGUCCUGAAGCAUAUCGAUACAUCAGCCAUGAUGGAUGUGCUCCUAAGGCUUAUCAGCUGUGUGGAGCCACCCACUCUUCGGCUUGAUACGCUUACUUGGCUGAAUGAAGAGAAGCUCGCCCAGAGGCUAAUAGAGCUCAUUCACCCUGAGAGAGAUGAAGAGAGGCAGUCCAAUGCAUCUCAGACUUUGUGCGACAUCAUUCGUCUGAGCAGAGACCAGGCCAAUCAGCUCCAAGAGAUUUCACAGCCUGACCCAUUGCUGACUGUGCUGGAGUCGCAGGAGUGUGUGGAGCAGUUGUUGCAGAAUAUGUUCUCAGGAGAGAGUAAUGAGAGCUGUAUCAUCAAUGGGAUUCAAGUUCUUCUCACAUUACUGGAAAUCAGGAGGCCUGUGGUGGAUGGUGUAAUGGAUGCUCAGGGAUUUGAGAGAAGUUACACUGUUAACAGCAGCAUUUUGUUGGCCGUCCAACCACACCUGAUACACUUCCACCAGCUACUUCUGAAGCCACCCAAGCGAAAUCCCAUGCUGACUACUCUGGGUGUGCUGGAGGAGCCAUUAGGGAACACACGUCUGCACGUAGCCAGACUGGUGGCCUCUCUGCUGUAUACCAGCUCUGCUAGCCACGCAGUCGUAGCACAGGAACUCUGCCGACUCAAUACAAUGGACCUGCUUCUGGACUUGUUUUUCAAGUAUACAUGGAACAACUUCCUGCACCUCCAAGUGGAGCUUUGCGUUGCUGCCAUCCUCCGGCCCUGUGCCCAUGAAAUGAGACUUCAGCCUGGUUUGGGAGCCCAGGAAAAAUUCAAGCCUCACCAGGAUGGCUCACAAGAGCAGGCUUUGACUGAAACCCCUUCUGAACCUCCAGUCACCCCUGAAAACUCUGCACAUAAUCUAAUGGUGACUCAUUUGUUUCAGCACUGUCACCUUGUUCAGAGGAUUCUAGAGGCCUGGGAAGAGAAUGAUAAAAUACAGUCAGAAGGUGGUAUGAGAAGAGGGUACAUGGGACAUCUGACCAGGAUUGCCAACACAGUAGUCCACAACCUGGAGAAGGGCCCGGUUCACACACAGAUUAGUAGCCUCAUUACAGAGCUGCCAGAGGACUACAGAGGGCGCUGGGACACAUUUGUGGACCAGACCCUGUCAGAGACCAAUAGGAAGAACACCAUAGACCUGAUUGGCACUGGAAACCCACGGCCAUCUUCAGAGGAUGAUAUGGAGAGCCCCUUCCCUAAAGAACUGACACUACAGCAGGCAUUUUCAGACUACCAGAUCCAGCAGAUGACGGCUAACUUUGUGGAUCAGUUCGGCUUCAAUGAUGAAGAGUUCACUGAUCACGACGACAGCAUUGGGGCAACAUUUGACCGAAUUGCAGAGAUCAAUAUCAACAUUGAUGCAGGCCAGGACAGUGCUAAUACAGCUGUGUUUGAGGCCUGUUCCAAGGAGAGGAUUCAGCCCUUUGAUGAUGAUGAAGAAGACAUUUGGGAGGAUAAAGAGAUCAACUUUGCAACACAAACCAAGUCCCGUAACAGGUUUGGUGGGUCACAAGCCCAGAGUCAAGCAGCCAGUACAGCUUGUGAUAUGACAGCAGCUUCUGGUACUGAGGCCUCUGACACAGCAGCAGACUCAGACUCUGAGGAGGGAGAAGAUCCUAAAGAUGACCUGGAUCCAUUCUCAAGCCAGGGCCAGACUGAAGCAACAAAGAGCACCGGCUGGAUAGCAGACUUUGGGGAGGUGAACUCAAAGGCUCCUGCAGCAGGAGUGGGCUUUUCAGCCUGGGACACUCCAGACUCCAAACCAGCUGCCACAGAGGCGGAGGAGAAAGGAUGGGCCAAGUUCACUGACUUCCAGCCUUUCUGCUGCUCUGAAACAGGCCCCAGAUGCAGUUCUCCUGUGGACUCGGAGCUCAGCGGAUCAGACAACACCAAACCAAACCAGAACCCGUGUGUGUGGAGUGUGUGCGUGGCAAGAAAAGCUCCACUGGUGGCAUCGGACAGCUCUUCCUCCAGCAGCUCAGACAGCGAUGAGGAAGAAGGCAAGACAGAGUCUACGGCCAGUGAGACGGUCACCACAGAGACCAUCACCACGGGGGCUGGCAAAGAGACAAUUCGGCUCACCGUGGACACCAAAAAUGAGAGGGCAGUCUUCAGCAGAAUAUUCAGACCAGCUGUCAGACGCGAAGCAGAUAAGGUGCCAGUAGAGGGACUCGCCAUCAAAGACAAAGGGAAAGACAAUGAGAAAGAAAGCGAAAAAGGAAAGAAUCAUGUAGACGGCCCCAGCCCAGCUGCCACCAGUCCAGCUGCUCAGUCAGCUGCUGUCACACAAGAGACGCAGCCCUCUGCUAAUGGACCGGCCUAACGAUGCAUCACAGACACACGCACACACACAGACACAGACACGCUUCAUACCUGUCUUCAACACACAGCCAUGCCACCUAUGCUUCCUGUUAGCAGCCAUAGCAGCCCUCCAAUGCCCUUUUUGUGCCCGAAGAAGAAUGGGAGAUCCUCAGUGUUGAGGUCAAACAGCCCUUAACACAGUAUGUAUGCUGGAUAACAAAAAUCUACACAUGGGUACUAUUGAUCUCUCCUGCACCUUCAUGACAUAAUUACAACUGAACCGCUUCAAAAAGGAACGUGUGUUUUAAGGAACAUUUUCGCCAUGCCAGACCCCUAAAGCCAAAUUGUGUUACGUAUGAACUAUUUAAAAAAAGAAAUGGGAAUUUUCCCCAUUGAGCUUGGGAAAGUGAAAACACCUGUUGAGAUGAGCUGAGGACACGCUGAGUGUGCCUGCUGUGGCACUUUAAUCCUAAUAAAACAAAUACAUAUGUCUGAAAUUAGCCCUUUUAUUUAAUUCAGCAUCAGAAUUUUAGAUCGUUUGUCUGCUCUCUGGGCAUUAAAAUCACAGCCCAAUUUUUCUAUCAGAGCAUUUGACUGUUUACACUUUAGUAAAGAAAACUGUACUCGUAUAAUCAGCCAAGAUUACAAAAGCCAAGAUGAUUGCAAAGCUAGCCGCCAUUUUGUCUUUAGCAUUUCAAUGUACAUGCCAGGCAGACAUUUCAUUAGUUGCAAAAGUGUGAGUGAUAAUAAUGUGGGGUUUCUUUUUCUACAUGCUACUAAAUCAGUUCUCAAUCCCAGUAAGGUUUCUUCGCUUUGGUCAUAUGGAACAUUAAUAAUUAAUUUGGAGCAUCAGAUUUGGGAGAAUCAUGUCACUUACUUCUCAAACCUGUGACAGAUUCAUAUAGUUUAGAGUGUGUGCACUGUUGUAUCCAUAUGUGUAGACGUGUGUGUGUGUGUGUGUGUGUAUGUGUAUGUGAGCUCUGUACAGGUACAGAGUGCAUUCUCAGGUCGAAGGAGAGGUAUGCAGAUACAAAGAAAGCACACCUGUGUAACACGCGCACACACACGCACACACACACACACACAUAUACACUACCAAAUCUGUACACACGUGCAAAAACAAGACACAGUGACGUGCACAUACUAAUUGAUAUCACCCUCAGAGCUGUUUAAAUGUAAUAUUGUGAAAUUUGAACCUGUAUUAGGUUGUGGCUAUUCUUGGUAACAUGUAAACGUAAUAUAAAUGUAAACAGUAUAUAUAAACAUUAUAUCUAUUUUUGGAAUAAAUCCAAUGUACGGAAAGGCGAUUGUUUUGCAGGUUGCAACGUGUGUAUUGUAUGUGUGUGUUGUACUGUUGAAAUGAGGCAAUAAUGAUGUCUGUGUUUCGGUUAAUACCCCAGCAUCAGUUCCUGUUCCUCUGCUACAUGCUUCCUACAUGGAGGUUUGGGUGUGUGAAUGUGAGCCAGUAGUCUGUCCUCUGUAUUAUUUACUUAAAGGAUAAUGUCAAUUUAUUAGAAUUUGGGUCGUAUUUUCAUUCAGUAGUUUUGAACAAAAUACCAGGCUAACUAAUCUUAUCGAGAAAACGACAGUGAAUAAUCAAAUAAUACCAAUACUGUCCUUUGUAAACAUCCGUCACAGUGCUUCAACUUUUACCUUUUUAUAAUAUCAUUUAUCUGCACAUACAUACUUUUUUUUUUAUAUAAGGAGGGAUUACUCUCAACAAGGGCCGAACAAUUUGAUUACCCAAAAUAAUAGGUAACUAUUCAUUAAAGUCAUUUUUCAGUACCUCACAUUACCUAAUUUCAGAUUCUCAAAAUUAAGAAUUGCAUUUCGUUUUGGACUAUUGAAAAGACAAAAGCUCUCUGGGCUGAUGUCUGACAUUUUUCACUAUAUCCUGACAGUUUAUAGUCCAAACAUUAACGAUUGUUUAGUUGAAAAAACUCAAUAAUCAUUAGUAGCACCCUUUUACGUGCGCAGACUUGAUUGCCAAAUUUAUAUAGUUUGAAUAAACUGAUUUCAUUAAAAGCCAAAAAAAUCUAAAAGUCUGAUUGGGGCUCUUCUUUCUUCCUCAUACUUGUUACCUGUUGAGUAAAGUCAAAUCAUAAUUGAAAAGAAAUCAUGGUGAAAAGUACAAAAACAAGACUCAAAUUGUAAUAAACCAGAAUUAUCUUUUUAAGUUUGCGUGUGCCAGGCAGUCAUGCUUUACUUUAUCUUUCUCCUCGUCUCUCUCUUUCUCAGGGCAGGAGUUGACUUUAAUUGCAUAUAUGCCUAUGGAACGAUUUACAUAGAUUGUUGUAUUUAUUUUGAAAGCACUUUUUCAAGAAGCACUUUUGGUUUGUAUUUGGUGGUGCUACGUGUCACCACAUUAUUCCCCACUCAAAGAGGUGGGAAUGUUUGACUUGAAUGAGUGAACCAUGUAGAUACUUUAGAAUACUUUUUUUCUUCAAUGCUUUCUGCCAAAGUGUGUCUUCCCCACCAGUGUACAACUGGGUUUCAUAUCUGUGAAGUAGCCUCCUUUCUUGCAACGGUCUUACAGGUCUAGAUUUAUCUAAAGAAGUCUUUGUUUAAUCCCUCAUGUUUUCUCUUUUUUUAAGUCAUAUGAUGGAGUUAUCAGCAGUAGGAGAGGCUACCACAUGUCAAAGCAAGACUUUGAUUCAUCUUAGAUCACAGCCAUUUUGCUUUUAUCCUUUCAGCGCUUUGAGCUGUUUGAAGUGGAACUGCACAGAGACCGAGCAUUGGUUUUAAGUCAGGGUUUAGAGGAGAAAAACAGGGCUGUUUUCUGUCAGGGUGUGUACAGGGUCAGAAUAUGUCAUCCCGUCUUUCGUCAAACCUAAGCACUGCGUCUGACCCUUACCUUUGUGUUUUUGGUGUGCGUGUCUCCUUCACUUUGAGAGUGCGGUGUGUGUGUGCGGUGUGUGUGUGCGGUGUAGCUACGGGUAUGGUGUGAUGUUAUGCAUAAUGGCAUGAGGUACAAAACAGUCAUCUUUUAAGUGCCAUUAAGUUUGCACAUCAGCCUCAUUCACCUCAUUGGGUUAUAUGCUGUAUUGUACAGUGUGCCCAAAAACUUUUAAUUGAGAGACAAUGGGUGUUAAAUUGUAACUUCAUCCCAUUGGAAGUUACCUUACACUGAGGCCAUUUCAAAGUUUAAAUAUUUCUCGCAUUACAGUUUAGACAUUUGUGUAUAUGUAUAUGUGUGUGUGUGGAGGAAGAGGUGUGAAAGACAGUCGUGCUGUAAAAGGCCUUUUUGUAAAGUGGACUGAUGCUGGUGUUUAGUUUUUCUUUUUCUUUUUUCAUUUAGAGAGUAAUGUGUCUGUUACCUGUUGUCAAUUUAGCUUGUACAUUCAGAUAUGAAUCUAAUAAAUAUGUCAGACCAAGAAGAA